GGAAAGAGAACAGAGGGGACUGAUGCGCACAUGACAUUUUCUGACACUUUGCUUGUUGAUUGGGUCAGAAGACGUUUUGCAACAAUUAAAUGACACGCAAAGUGGAAAACCCAUUAUACUGUGGACUAAUCCAUCGCCAUGAAAGCGCAGGAGCUUCCCAGAUAGAAGCGCAAAAACUGCAGGUCAUCGGAAAUUGACGAGCAGGUUUUGUGAAUGUUUUAAAUGGCGAACAACCGCAAUUCAUUUUCCAUUCACAACAUAUUAAACCGAGGACUUGAUUGCGAGAAACAUUGCCGUCUUGAUGAGGAAUACGCAGAAGUGCGGGAUUGUUCCAGCUCAUCUUUGCCGGCUGGGAACACUGGAGCUGAGAGCAUUUCUUCCUGUGUGCUCGUGCUGGACUCUUCAUCCUCUGACCAACAUUCAUGCGAGGAAGAGUCAACAGGAGGAGAAGACAAUUCACUAGAAAGACGAGACGAUCACAACAUUGACCAACAGAAACCACAGAGCUGCAACUUUGAAGAGAACCACUCCAAAUUGAGCAAGAAAAGGUCCCGGGCAGCGUUUUCUCAUGCACAGGUGUACGAGCUGGAGCGCCGCUUUAACCUGCAGCGGUACCUGUCUGGCCCAGAACGGGCCGACCUGGCAGGAGCGCUCAAACUGACCGAGACACAGGUGAAGAUCUGGUUCCAGAACAGGAGAUACAAAACUAAACGGCGACAAAUGGCAGCCGAGCUCGCGACGACUCCCACAACAGCCCUGGCAAAGAGAGUGGCAGUGAAAGUACUGGUGAGAAACGACCAGAGGCAAUAUAACGCAGAGGAGCUUCCCAGUCCGUCUGUUCCUCCCUUAUACCAGUCAUACCCGUGCUAUCCUUAUAUGUUCUGCUUCCAGCCGUGGAUCUCAGGAAACAAUUUAAGCGGUGGCAUGUACUGAUUUAUCAGAGCUAGAAAGUGACUGUGGAGACACGAACAGCCAAAGUGCAUUUAUGCAGAAGAGAACACGGCAAACAAUGCUAUUCCUCCAGCAGGAUUAUAAAGGCAGAAAACAUCAUAAACUGUAGAACGACCAUGAAACCAAAAGAGGAAUGCGAUUUUGUGAUGCUCAUUAUCAAUCAUUUCAAUAAUGACAUUAAGCCAAAGCAAAGACAAUUCACUGAGUUUCUCUCAUUUGUUGUCAUAACUGUCCUGUUAUACAGUGCAAAUGUAAUGCACACUUAAAAUCUAUGAGUUGCAUUGCUUUAGAUAACAAACUAUCAAACCAAAAAGUGGCAUCUGAAAACAG